GGUAGGGAAUAAUGAGUAGUGCAAUUAAGAAAGUUGCUACAAAGGCAGUUUUCUUUGAGUUCCCCGCCAACAAACAUCAGUUCUUACGGGAAGUCGAAGUUUCACCUUCUUUAACUGCAUUAUGGGGGAAAUCAACCCGUUCGGCUGAAGAGAUUAAUGCCGAAUCAACUUAUCCUGAUGUAAUUAAAUCAAGAAAAGAUAUAUUUGAAGAAAUUAAAGUGGCCAAUUCUGAUGCUGGAGCAUUCUCUUUGAAGUUUAAACAAGGUUUGACUUAUGCAAAGGCUAUUGGAUCCUUUUAUAAAGAAGGUAUAAAGAAAGUUGGUAGAGCAUCAAAGGAAAGACGUUUCCUUAUUAAUAAUGUAUCCCUAACUAAUCAACUUAAUAAUAAAAAUAAAACAGUAUCAAUAAAAGUUAAGAACUUUAAUAAACUAACUCUCGAAAUGACACAGGCAUUAAGUAUGGAAAAUAUACAAACUAAUCAAUCGGGACUGGAAAAUUAUGUUAAGAGAAAAUUAACUGAUGAUAGAUUAUUUGUAUUACCUCGAGUAGGUUACCAAAUUCUUAAACGAAAUCCUUCAGAUCAAAUCAAAAUUCCUAUUUUUGCUAUUCUUGCUCUUAUAUUUAUGGAGAGUACUCCCAUUUUAUGUUAUUAUGUCCCAGAAAUAACUCCUAGGACAUGUGUAUUACCAUCUAUACUUCCAGCAUUAUGGAAUACAUCAUCUUCUACAGCUUUAACUAGUUUAAGACAGAAAAGGUAUAGUCCAACCAAAUAUGAAGAUCUUGCUCAUAAAAAUGCAUUCAAUCUCCCCUUGGAUGAAGCUCAAUAUCUUGCCAAGGCAUUACGAUUAAUUCCCAGACAUAUCCCCACAUUCUUAGUUCCUGAAAUUUAUAUACGAAGGAAAUUAAAGCAUUAUCAUAAUUAUCUUAGAGUGGAUAAUCAUUAUUUAAGUGGUAUGAAUGGUAAGGGUUCAUGUAAUAUAUGGGAUUUAUCUACUCAAGAAUUACUAAUUGCAUGUUUAGAACGUAAUCUUAUAUUGGAUAUAAAGAAAGAUCUUGCAUACAUUGAAGAAGGGAAAACUGUAGUCGAAAGACAGACUAGAUCUGCAGAUUACUUUGAUGAUUUAAGAAUAAGACUAUUUAAAUUCAUCAUUGAUUUCCAUAAGUUUAAUAUUGGAUAUUUGGGAGUGAAUCAUCUCCUCAAUUCCAAAGUAGAUCCUAAAAUUAUUAAUCUGUGGAGAUCAUUGUAAAUAUUUACUGUAUAUAUUAAAGUAUAAUGAACGU